AUGGCCGACAUCACUCUGCCCAAGUCCACCUCUACCGUUUCAGUAAAAGCGUUGAACAUCGCUUCACCAAGAACAAGUAUACCCGCCGCCCUAUUCGUUACCCCUGUCAAGCCAGGAAGAGAGCGACUGGCGUCGCCCGAUUAUGCCUUCCUCAUUGAGCACCCGAGUGGACGCAAGGUUUUGUUCGAUCUAGGGCCGAUGAAGGACUUCAGUAAGCUCCCUCCCGCGAUGCAAGGUUUGCUUGCGCAGGGUGGAUUCGAGAUGAGCGUUGAUGCCGAUAUUACUGAGCAGCUCAAGGCUGGUGGAGUGUCAGUGGACGAUAUCGACAGCGUGAUAUGGAGUCAUUCGCAUUUCGAUCAUAGUGGCGACAUGUCAUUAUUCCCUGCAAAAACGAAGUUGAUUGUCGGAAAGGGUACGGACAGAAGGACGUUCCCAUCAGUUCCUGAUGCCAUGCUUCUCGAGAGCGACUUUGCAGGACAUGAAGUAGUUGAAAUCAAUUGGGAAAAACCAGAUUUCACUAUCGGCGAAAUACCUGCCAUCGACUUCUUUGGUGAUGGUAGUUUGUACCUCUUGGAUACGCCAGGACACUGGCCUGGACAUCUCUCUGCGUUGGCCCAUGUCAAAGAAAACUCCUUCGUACUCCUCGGAGCUGAUGUCUGCCACCACCCAGGCCAGCUGAGACCCAACCCGCAUAUACACAAGAAUUUCCCUUGCCCAGGAGGCAUUCUCGCCGACCUUUCAAAACCUAUCCUGAGCAUCCCAGAAGGAUUUUCCAUGUACGCUGAUAGAGCCAGUGCUCUUGUUUCUCAGGAGAAAUUGACGGUCAUUGACGCACAUCCCGAUGUAUUCGUGAUCACUGCACACGACCCGACCUUGGACGGUGUUAUCACUUUGUUCCCGGAGACUCUCAAUGACUGGAAGGAGCUCGGAUGGAAGGGUAAGGCUUCAUGGGCAUUCUUGGAGGAAGGCAAUAAGGGCUAUGGAUUCCAUUAA